AUGGCACAGAUGGACGAUAUGCCCACUUUCAAGCUGGUGUUGGUCGGCGACGGUGGUGUUGGUAAAACGACAUUCGUCAAACGUCACAAAACUGGAGAGUUUGAGAAGAAAUAUGUUGCCACACUUGGAGUAGAAGUCCACCCUCUAGUUUUCCACACAAGUCGAGGGCCCAUUAAGUUCAAUGUUUGGGACACUGCUGGACAGGAGAAGUUUGGUGGUCUGCGUGAUGGAUAUUACAUCCAAGGUCAGUGCGCAAUUAUCAUGUUUGACGUUACGUCACGUGUCACAUAUAAAAAUGUCCCCAACUGGCACAGGGAUUUGGUUCGAGUCUGUGAAAACAUCCCCAUUGUCCUCUGUGGCAACAAGGUUGACAUUAAGGACAGAAAGGUGAAGGCCAAGACCAUUGUCUUUCACAGGAAGAAGAACCUUCAGUACUAUGACAUCAGUGCCAAGAGCAACUACAACUUUGAGAAGCCCUUCCUGUGGCUGGCCCGCAAGUUGGUCGGGGACCCCAACCUAGAGUUUGUAGAGAUGCCCGCCCUGAUCCCACCAGAGGUCCAGAUGGAUGCAGCUUUGGCCCGCAAGUACGAGGAUGAACUCAAGGUUGCACAAGAGACUGCCCUACCAGAUGACGAAGAAGACCUUUAA